UCGCGACGAAGAAUCGCCUCGCUCCCCGGCGUAAUGAGCAAUGUAGAGAGCGGCUUGGACACUCGGCGCGCCCGGUGUACCAGCCCCGCUUCGCCGCGGCGGCGGACGGAGUAGAGAGCCAGUAAGCCGUUCGAGAAAACUAACGCAAAAAUCGCGCGGCUGAAUAGGAAUUCGAAUUCGCCGGAGCAGCCAAUCCCAAUACAGCCGAUUGAGUUCGAGCAUGGAAUUCUGGUUAUGGGGUUUGGAAAAUGUAGGUGAUGAGGCGAAGCUUCUCUCUGUAGUUGAAAGGUCUUGGGGCUGGAAAUGAUCCGGGGAAAUUCUCCAUGUUCCUUCAACAACCAAGAUUGGUGCAGUGCACAAGUUGCGGCAGCCCGCCACCAGCUUUCACCACAGAGUCAAACUAGGGAGAUUAAGGCGUCUCAAGGGAAUGGACCCCCUGUUAAGAAAAACAGGUUGAGGAAAGCAAGAAAAGCAACGCGAGAUAUCCUAAAAAAGAAGAUGUGGAUCGCACAUGGGAUUUUACUUGGGUUGCGCUCGUGGAGUAGAAAGCGAUCAGUUUGAAGCCAACUUGAAUAUCCGUGUAGAUUGGACUUUCACCGAACAGGCAUCUACGGCGACUAGGAAGAAAUGGGAAAAGCUGACUACAGGUUGAGAAGGAUUGUGUAUAAUUCUGGCGACAGUCAGAAUGUUCGCUGGAGUUCAGCGUUUUGCAACCACCACGCUGUCACCAGCUCACUGUGAAAUUGCCUCUGUUGGGUAGCAGCGAUUGGGGAUUGGUCGUUUUCGUUCUUCCUUUUGGGUUACAGCUUUGAUUUCUAUGAAUUGAUUCACGGCUCAGUUUCAAACUGUUGGAUGCAUUAAAGUCACUCCCUGUUUUAAAAUGCUUAUCCAGCUGUUCUCUUGCCCCAACCUCACACUUUGAAAAUGAGAUUAGCAUUAGCAAUUAGCAUCCAGGUUUGACUCUAUACCCUAUAGUUUAAGGACGAGAUAAGCCUGAGUUUUUUUUUGGAAGUGUUCUGGUAGUAUAUUUUACUUCAGCUGUUGCCUCGUGUUCGUUCUUCAAUAUGUUCCUGUCCUACGUGGGCCGUCGUUUGGUUGUGUUUUUGUCCUCACCAUCUAAUUCUUAAUUGUAUAGAGAUGUACCACAACACAGCAAACAACCACUAUUAUUUGGAGAGGCGGAAGGAAGGCUGUUCAGGUGGCACGAAUUUUGCAUCUUUCACUGGCAUUAUUCUUCGCUGUCAUUCAUUCAUUGUAUAGAUACAGAGGUCUUUCUGCCCUGAGUUUUCUGGACAGCGAGGCAGACAGAUAGAGAACAUCUGCUUUAGAUUUAGAGAAAGCAAGACUAACGGUUACCCAUCACCCAUAAACCUCUGCCAGUUGGUCCUGAUCUCGCCAUUUGUGGUUCAAGUUCUGAGAACAGUUUUGCAAGGUGCCAUUGUUCACUAUGGGAGAAGACGGAAGAAACAUGACCGAGUUGGAAAAGCAGCAGAAUUUGCCAGGAGAUGUUCCUACACUCCUCAAAUACAUCUCAACGAGUGAUGUACCUGGUUUCGAAAAUCUCGAAUCCAUUGUGGCGGCAAUGGGCGAGGUGGAGCAACCGCAAACUUCGAACCACCAAAGGAAGUAUUCCAUUUCCAUCAGCAUGCCGAGCUCUCCAGUAGGAAACGGCUCGAAGAACACAAAGCACGUCCUUUUCGACGACACCCCUGACAAGGUUUUAGGUCCUGGAAUCCCUGAACCAGCAGCAGCCUAUCCGUCAUCUUCGACAGCAAAAGUGAAGUUCCAUUCUCAGCCGAUGCCAAAAGGAGCUGCGGUGGGGCACGGAAUCGAGAUGAACAGCUUCACCCACCAUCCAAAUCCCGCCAUAAGGAAGCUGAAGGACAAACGAUACGACUCUUUCAAGACAUGGUCGGGAAAGCUCGAGAGGCAGAUCUCCAAUCUGCGAGGGAAGCCAAGGGAGGAAUCUUUGCCUGAAGAUUCCGUUGGACCUGCGGCACAGAAGAUGGAUAACAACAAAGACGCCUUCCCUGUAGAUCGGUACUUCGACGCGCUCGAAGGUCCUGAAUUGGAGACCCUCAGGCCUUCAGAAGAAAUACUCCUGCCGGACGACAAAAAAUGGCCGUUCCUGCUCCGCUACCCUGUCUCAUCCUUCGGUAUCUGCCUCGGAGUCAGCAGCCAAGCGAUCAUGUGGAAGACACUCGCCACUUCCCCUGCCACCAAGUUCCUCCACAUCACUCACGACAUCAACCUCGUGCUCUGGUCCAUCUCCGUCGCCCUCGUCGUCGUCGUGGCAGCCAUCUACCUCCUCAAGCUGAUCUUCUACUUCGAAGCGGUCCGACGAGAAUACUACCACCCGAUCCGUGUCAACUUCUUCUUCGCCCCGUGGAUCGCCCUCCUCUUCCUAGCCAUCGGCCUCCCCAACUCCGUCGCCACCACACUCCCCCACGCGCUCUGGUACGUUCUCAUGGCACCGUUCCUCUGCCUCGAGCUCAAGAUCUACGGCCAGUGGAUGUCCGGCGGGCAGAGGAGGCUGUCGAAAGUGGCGAACCCUUCGAACCAUCUGUCGAUCGUGGGGAACUUCGUGGGAGCGUUGCUGGGGGCGUCGAUGGGGUUGAAGGAAGGGCCGAUCUUCUUCUUUGCUGUUGGGAUGGCUCACUACACGGUGCUGUUUGUGACUCUGUACCAGAGGCUUCCCACGAACGAGACGUUGCCCAAGGAGCUGCACCCGGUGUUCUUCCUGUUUGUCGCGGCGCCUAGCGUCGCUUCCAUGGCCUGGGCGAAGAUUCAAGGGUCGUUCGAUUAUGGGUCGAGGAUUGCUUACUUCAUUGCCAUGUUCCUCUAUUUCUCUCUGGUAGCAGUGCGAGUGAACUUCUUCCGAGGAUUCAAGUUCUCGCUGGCAUGGUGGGCGUACACAUUCCCUAUGACGGGUGCAGCCAUCGCAACGAUCAGGUACUCGAACGAGGUGACCAAUGUCGUCACACAGGCGCUCGCCGUCGCCCUCUGCGCGAUUUCCACGCUCAUCGUCACCGGCCUGCUGGUGUCCACGAUCCUGCACGCGUUCGUCCUCCACGACCUCUUCCCCAACGACAUUGCCAUCGCCAUCAGCGACAGGAGGCCCAAGCACAGCAGCCGCGGCGGCCACCAUCACCUGAAGUGGUUCCACCGCAGGACCGGGAGCUCGGAGGCCAGGGACAUCGAGCAUUACUUGAAGUUCGUCAACUCCGAUUGCAAGGACGUCGAGGCUGGUUUCGACGACAGCCAAGGAUCGGAUGGUAGUAACAAUGCCAAGCCGCAGCUGCAAGAGCAUUAGGGCGGCUUUUUUUCGGGGGUGGAAGUUUAUCGAUCAGGGUUGUAGCCACGGGAGGGACGAUGACGACGACGACGACGGCGGCGGCUUUUUGGGGAAUUGGGAGAGUUCCGGUGAAUGUGUGCUCUGUCUGAUGAGUGAUUUACUUUUGUGAUCUGUGUGGUAGUGUAAAAUAUAUGGCAGCAUAUGGCUUCUGUGUAGAAAAUGGAAGAAGAGAAAUUUUAUGUAAAAAGUUUAAAGAUUUUCUGAAUAAGAAUUUACGGAAUGAGCUAUUCGGUACAAAAUGUGCGCAACCGGUUUCAAAGAAUAAGGGUGGUUUGGAUGGAUCAAUUAUAAAACGAGACAAUUUGACUAAUUGUUUCAUUUUACAAAACGAGU